UGACUCUGGCAAGUGGCGAGCACGAACGAACGGCUCCAUCGUAUCGCACGCAUCGCAUCGGUGCCCGCCGUCGGGUGAGCGACCGAGGCCGGCCGACGUGCCGCGCACCACCCCGCCCACACCCCGCGCACCCACGCCGCCACCACUCUCCCUCGCGUUUAAGCGCCUCGCCUCCAUUGCGCGCCGAUCGCGCGCGGCGGGGGAAGCCCUAAACCUAGCUCCUGAGUCCUGACCAGGCUCCCGUCCAGGGCAGUUUUGUUCGCGAAGGCAUCGGGGUAGCCAGGGCCCCGAUGCAGGGCCAGGUGUACAGCCGCCUGGGGAGCUUUGGCGCGGGCACGCCGUCGCCUCCCCCGCCCCCGUCCCCGGUGCGGGCCGGGGGGAGGCGGACGCCGUCCAAGGCGGGCUCGGCCAGGGGAUCCCUCGAAGCGGCGGCUGGGGUCGGGUGGGCCGGCGCCGCCAAGAGGGCGGCGUGGGCGCUGCUCGCCGCGCUGCUGCGGAGGCAGGCCGUGUUCCUCUUCGCGCCGCUGCUGUACGUGGCGGCGAUGCUGCUGUAUAUGGGCUCCCUCCCGCUCGACGUCGUGCCGCGGAUCAUCGCGCGCUCCGCGCCCGGCUCGGUGUACCGCAGCCCUCAGCUGUACGCGCGCCUCCGCGCCGAGAUGGACGCCGACAACUACACCGACGCGUUAGCAACUGUAUGGAGACAAACUUACAAAGGUGGUGUCUGGCGACCUUGCAUACACAAUAUGUCAAAAAGUUUGCCUGAAUCAAAUGGCUAUAUAUAUGUGGAGGCAAAUGGGGGUUUGAAUCAACAAAGAACAUCGAUAUGCAAUGCAGUUGCUAUUGCUGGUUUUCUAAAUGCCACUCUUGUUAUCCCGAAUUUCCAUUUUCACAGCAUUUGGAAGGAUCCAAGCAAAUUCAGUGACAUUUAUGAUGAAGAACAUUUUGUGAAACGACUACAGAAUGAUGUUCGCGUAGUUGACAAGGUACCUGACUAUAUAAUGGAGCGUUUCGGUCACAAUCUAAGCAACGUAAUCAAUUUCAAGAUAAAAGCUUGGUCUCCUAUUAAAUACUACAAAGAUGUUGUUCUUCCAAAGUUGGUUGAGGAAAGAUUCAUCAGGAUUUCUCCUUUUGCAAAUCGACUCUCAUUCGAUGCCCCACCUGUUGUCCAACGGUUGAGAUGCUUGGCGAAUUUUGAAGCUUUAAAAUUUUCGAACCCGAUUGCUACUUUAUCUGAGACCUUAAUUGCUCGCAUGAAAGAAAAAAGUGUUGGAAGCAAUGGGAAAUAUAUCGCAGUGCAUCUCCGUUUUGAGGAGGAUAUGGUUGCCUUUUCUUGUUGUGUCUAUGAUGGUGGUGACGAGGAGAAGAAGGAAAUGGAUGCAGCCAGAGAAAUAGGUUGGAGAGGGAAGUUUACAAAGAGAGGACGGGUAAUAAGACCAGGAGUUAUACGAAUGAAUGGUAAAUGUCCACUUACACCUCUGGAGGUUGGAUUAAUGCUUCGUGGAAUGGGUUUCAGCAAUAAUACCGCGAUUUUUUUGGCGUCUGGAAAGAUUUACAGAUCGGAGAAAACCAUGGCGCCUCUUCUUGAAAUGUUUCCUCUUCUGCAGACAAAAGAAACGCUAGCAUCAGAUGAGGAACUUGCUCCAUUUGAGAAUUUCUCCUCAAGGAUGGCUGCUAUCGACUAUAGUGUUUGUGCCUAUAGUGAAGUUUUCGUGACCACACAAGGUGGGAACUUCCCUCAUUUUCUUAUGGGACACAGAAGAUACUUGUAUGGUGGACAUUCGAAGACAAUUAAGCCAGACAAGAGAAGGCUGGCCAUACUCUUUGAUAACCCACGAAUUGGUCAUCCUUUUUCAUUUUUAUGCAGAUGGAAGUCACUGAAACGACACUUGCUUAAUAUGAGAACGCACAGCGAUGCCAAAGGAGUUGAGCUAAAAAGACCGAAUGAAUCCAUAUACACCUUUCCAUGUCCUGACUGCAUGUGCCGCUUGAACAGAACAGCACAUUCGAAACCCAUACACCCUAGAUAGUAUACUACUGGCAUCUCCGUAAACUAACCUGUUCUUUUCUGGCACAGUAAAGUUUGUUCAUUCCAUGUGCCAUGAGGUGGUGUUUCAACUUCACCUGCAACCUUUCCUGCCAGGGGGUUGUACAUCAAUUUAUCUUCUCCCUAGGGCGGCUCUUUUCCUUGUAUAGCCUGUGUCAAGAUACCUCAAAUUCUCUGCAUCUUAGACCAUUGUGUGCUAACAAUACUGAUUUAAUCUAACAGUUAGCAGUAGAUCUCACUCUGACACCUAGAGGACUCCUAUCAGUUGUGGACAGAGUAUGUUUGUGAUGCUAACAAUACACCUUGUACAUGGCUCAUUAGCAACUUGUCAUCAUAUACAAAUUUUGAUGGGGGAGGCAAACAUUGUAAAUUUGUCUCUUAAUUAUUUUUCCUCUUGCUCGAGAAGUGGGAAUUCUUUCUGUAUUCUUUACCUUGGUCUUCCCUCUGUUGUAACUUCGUCUGGCACCUAUCCAUUUUUAAUAUCAACAACGUAAAUUGUAUGGUGCUACUUGAUUCUCGCUUGUCAAUACAGAGCCAAGAUAUCUUCUUGCAGUAUACGCUUGCCUACCUGCUGAUUGAAGAAUUCUUAUGAAGGUUACUCCGAUACUCUGUAUCGACCAACUGGUGUGUCGUCUGUUCGUCUGCUGAUAAGGCCCGAACAUUUAAACCUGUCAGUGUGAGCAGCAAGCUUUGAUCUCUGAAGGCGUCUCACAUGCAAGACCGUUGAUGGGGUUGGGAAUCUGGGAAGGAUGAAUACCCGUUCCUCUUAAGCGACAAGACCUGGCAGAGGGAUGAUGAGGAUCUAAGGCAAGAAUAUCAGACCGUUCUUGAAUGCCUUUUGUUCCUUCUUCUCUGUUCGAUCGCCUAUUCUAGACAUGCAUUCUUGUACCUGUGUCGGCGUGUUUGUUUCACAGAAUAUUUGUUCUUGUGUAUCGUGUUCAUAAUAUUCCAAACUGGGCGGUCUGAGUGGCAUGAUAAGGUAAAUAGGCUGUUUCGGGUGUUGAUGGAGAUCCAA